AUGUAUGACGUAUACGCGAAACACGAAAACAUUGUAGACUACGUGCGAAUCGGUGUGUUUGCGCCAAACGCUGACAAACGGUUUGGGCUUUUGUUUGCAACAAAUCAAACGCCAAACAAAUUGCAAUCAAAACGGCUUUUCGGCACUCAUUGGACGCGCAACGCACUCACCGGACACUUGUUGGCCGCACAUCCGGCCCACUACUGGCCCCCCAUCGGCACAAUCGCCGCCUUUAACGCCAUCGAUCGCCUCAUUCAGUGGUUGAUCGCCGCAAAUGGCUAUCAUUUCGGUGUUUUAUAA